AUACUCCUAAUCUUCCCCUUCUGCCCUGAGCUUCUGAUGGUCCUAUGCGACUGUGUUCCUGGAAGCUUUAACUCUUCUGACCCAGAGGAGAGGGGGGUCUCUAGAAUGCAGAUACUUGUUGCCGAGGCGGGGAGGCGGGGAGGGGCAGCGUGAAGCAAAGUAACUUGAUUUUACCAAAGAGGAAAUCGGGAACCAAGAUCGCCAAGGGAAAGGUAGCUCACUGCAGCUACAUAUCUGGGUCUCUGGGCCACAGCGCUCGGACUGUGGAUUUGGUCUCUCCCCAGCUCCUCCCUUAUCAUGUGGCUACAGUACUACCCCCGCCCCCAGCUCCAGUUCCUGUUUCUACCUCUCCUCCCUCUUAGCCCUUGGGGCUCCCGCCUCCUACUCCCCGUGGGCCCUCUUUGCCUGAGGCUCUAAACUGACUUCCGGGAUCCCAAGCAUCCUAGCUCCCUCUAGUUCUGAUGCUGCCCUCUACUUUCCCUUCCACCCAAUCCACUUCCAGAGCUGACCAGCAAACAGGGGGUGUCCAGGGGGGGUUCCCCAUUUUCUUUGAAUUCUUAGAACUAUCCCAGUGCAGACAGAUCUUGGCCUCCCAUCUUGAGCCUGUGGGAUCUGUUUGGCCCCCUCUUAGGAAUCUGGUGGUCCAACUGGUAGAUCCUCUCCCCUUUAGACUUAGAGCCCCUCUCUACCCCGGGGUCUGUCCCUCCCACCCCUCCCUAUUGGCCUGGACUUUGCAGCAUGAAAGGAGACGGGGAUGCCUGUGAACAGGCCCCCCUUAAUCCUGAGGCUGGAGAGAGUCCUGGGGGUUCAGCCACUUACCGGGACUUCGUGCACCGAGGCUACCUGGACCUCAUGGGAGCCAGCCAGCACUCACUGCGGGCCCUUAGCUGGCGCCGCCUCUACCUCAGCCGAGCCAAACUCAAGGCCUCCAGCCGAACAUCUGCCCUGCUCUCCGGCUUUGCCAUGGUGGCCAUGGUGGAGGUCCAACUAGAGACCAACCACGACUAUCCCCCGGGGCUGCUGGUGGCCUUUAGUGCCUGUACCACUGUGCUGGUGGCUGUCCACCUCUUCGCCCUCAUGGUGUCCACCUGCCUGCUGCCCCACAUUGAGGCCGUCAGCAACAUUCACAACCUCAAUUCUGUCCACCAGUCUCCCCAUCAGCGGCUCCACCGCUAUGUGGAGCUGGCCUGGGGAUUUUCCACAGCCUUGGGAACUUUCCUCUUUCUAGCUGAAGUGGUCUUGGUUGGAUGGGUAAAGUUCAUGCCCAUUGGGGGGCCAACCGUGGCCCCUAUACCUGAGAUCCCUUCUUCCUUGGCCUCGAGAGGCCCUGGGAGCUCUUUACCUGCUGCACCAACCUCUAUGGGCCCAAGUCCUGAACUAUCCCUGACAGAGCCAGUGGUCCCCUUAAGUCCCCCAACUGGGACCUCAGCCUCAGGGAUGCCACCCAAGGAUGGGACCUCAGCUGUGACCUGCUCCCCCCAACAGAGAUGUGAGGAGCCAGUGGCUUUACCACAUGGGCCUGGCUGGCAUGCUGCUAUGGCCUCAACAGUGAUCAUGGUACCCGUGGGCUUGGUGUUUGUUGCCUUUGCCCUCCAUUUCUAUCGAUCCCUGGUCGCUCACAAAACAGACCGGCACCGGCAAGAAUUGGAAGAGCUGAGCCGCCUCCAGGGAGAAUUGCAGGCUGUGUGAAGCGAAGGUGGAAGCAAAUAUGCAGCAGCAGCAUCCCCAGCAAUUGAACCACAGGGUAUUCUCAAGGCAGGCCCAGGAAGGAACUCCCUGGCACCCUGACCAAGGUCCACAUCCCCCCAGCCAGGAGUCCUGGGCCAAGAAGGAGCCCUGCAACAACUGUCUGUACACAAAGUGGAAGAAUGCAUCAAGUAGAGGGACCUGAAUACUCCUCCUCUCCCCUGUAGCUCUGGGAAUAGGUGGGAGGGUCAGGUCAGACUGGCCUUUAAAGAAGAUCUCAGACACACACUAUGUGUAUACCUCACCAACACCUGUUUGGCUUUCUUUAAGCUGAGCUUCUUUGCCUUCCCUUUUCUAUAGAGCCUACAGUGAUGAGGCUUGGUACAUUAUGAAUCCCUCCUCACAAAGGUAUCCUAUUUGGAAAAGUAUGUAUUUGAUCCAUAAUGAUUUUUUUUUAUCACUGAGAAUUUAUUGGUGGCAGCUAUGCCCAUUUUGGUAGGUCCUACAGUAUUGCCUCCUCCUAUGUCAUAGGUUCUGUCCCAGUAUAUGCUUCCUGGAGGAAUUCUCAAAGCCAGAGCUGACUUCCCACAGGAAUCCCCCUGUUUAAGGAAACCUUUCAGGAUUGCCCAAGUUCAAUUUUGGUUCUACCUCUUGAGUUUCAGGGCCAUGGAAUUGGGUAGGUUCUCCUUAAGACAAAGGACUUGUCUCCCUCCCUCGUCUUUUGAAGAUAUUAGUUACCUUCCCACUUUGGUAGAUUCUCCAAUGCUGACCUACAACUUAUACAUUUUAUUUCCAAGUUCUUAUGAGCUUUAGGGAUAGGUCACACAACAUUGCCUCCAAAUUUGAGGCCUCACUCUUGUUGCCUCUUUAAGUACUACCCCAUGGCUCUGAUGCAUCAGAAGAAAUUGCCUUAUCUACAAACCCAGCUGUUUUUGUUUUUUGGGGGGACUUUGUGCUAAUAUCACCUGUCCCUCUCAAAAUCCCAUCCUUCCUUCCUCCUGGCCAGGGUAGGAACAAGGAAGAGGGGCUGGUAAAAGGGGGAGAGAUGGACUUUCAUGGAAAAGGUUCUGUCCAAAUCCUGAUAAUCAUAUCCCACAUAGGUUUUGCCUCACCCUAAGAGCCCCAGGGAGCCCUGACCUUCCUCUUCAGUGAUGGGAGAUCAACUCUGACACUUAAUUUUCACUGUACCUUUCUUUUGUACAAUAAACCUUGUUUGACACACAUCA